CUCGUAUUGUAGGCUGUCCUGACGUCAUGGCAGCCGACUACAUAUUCGCAACUAUCUGCCCUUUUGAAAAUAGUUAACCAGCACAAUCAAAAAAGAAUAGCGGAAUAAUGUCUCCAAUGAAUAGCGCCGCCUGGAGCACAGAGCCAAAGGGCGAUCUGAAAGUCCUGGCUGCUCCAUACCACAUGCCCGCCCUCGAUGAAGUCGUUAUCAAGAAUCAUGCCAUCGCAAUCCAGCCCCUGGACGCCAACAUCCGCGCAAAAGCAUACAUGGACGUACCCUACCCCAUGAUCCUCGGAACCAGCGUCGCAGGCACCGUAGAAGAAGUCGGGUCGGCCGUAGCGGGGUUCAAGAUCGGCGACCGCGUCGUCUCAGAUACACCGACGUACCACCUCAAAGACACCAAGUACGGCGGGUGGCAGAAAUACGUCGUGAGCAAGGAGGGGACCACGGCGGGGAUUCCGGAACGUGCCUCGUUUGAGGAUGCGGUUGCGAUUCCGUUUGCGCUAUUGACGGCGGUUGCUGCGCUGAAUUUGAAAUUGGGGAUUGGGAAGCCCGGGGAUAAUAAACAGGGGAAGGUGUUGAUCUGGGGAGCGAGUGGGAGUGUUGGGGGUUAUGCGGUGCAGUAUGCUUCUAGUGUCGGGUAUACCGUGAUAGCAACAGCCUCGACUGCCAAGUUCGACUACGUGCGCAGUCUCGGCGCUUCAGAGGUGGUCGACUACAAAGACUCAGACGCUGUGUCGAAACUGAAGCAGCUGGGGCCGUAUGACUUUGCUAUGAGUGCCUCUGGGGACGCAAAGAGUGCCAACGCCAUCAGCGAGCUGCUCCAGCCAAAGGGCGGCACGUUUGCAUCCACUCGGGGCAAGACGGACGAUAUGAAUCUGGCAGAUAAUGUCACCCUAGAAUAUGAUGCAUACAGUAUGACCACCCAGAAGCCGGAGAAUGCAGAGUUUUCGAAGUGGUAUUAUGGAUAUCUCUCCAAGGCUCUUGAUGGGGGUGUUACGCCUACACCGUUGGAAAAGCGGCCUGGAGGACUGGCUGCCAUCCAACAGGCCUGUGGGGAUGUAUUGGAUGGAAAGGCUUCGAAGAAGCUGGUGCUGAAUCCUCAGGAGGUGGCGCAGUAGUUUGUUUCCCUGUCUGUAGGUUUAUGUCGGUAUACUCAACCAGAUAAUGGAAGCCACCUUGCAAGCCAAUUCAAUAAGGCCCAACAGCCGUACUUCAGGG